AUGGACAUGGGCACAGGAUCGUGCAAGGUGUCGAUGCUUUGGAACUGGAAUACUAUUGAUGCGUGCUUUCUCGCUGAAUCAUGGCACAUCACCUCGCGCGGGAUGUUCGCGGGCUCGUGUAUCGGGGUGAUCUGCCUUGUGCUGAUCCUCGAGUUUCUGCGACGAGUUGGGAGAGAAUAUGAUGCGUUUAUCGUGAAGAGGGCGAGGUUGCGCGCCAAGUUCCUCUCCCCCGGGAUAAUCCGCCCAACGCUCAUCGAACAACUCAUCCGCGCAGCACUGCAUAUGCUGCAAUUCGCCGUGGCAUAUUUCAUCAUGUUGCUUGCGAUGUAUUUCAAUGGGUAUAUUAUCAUAUGUAUAUUUAUCGGGGCGUUCCUGGGUGCUUUUAUCUUUUCGUGGGAGCCGUUGGGGCUUGCGGAGAAUGAGAAUGAUGCGACUGCUGUUACUGGGUGUUGUGGGUGA